CCGGAAGGGGCGUGGCUUGGCGCGGCGGCGCUGGCGGUGGCGGUGAGCGCGGUUGGCGCGCGCGCUCGGGGCCUGCUGGCGUGCACCUUACGUCUUCCUGCUUCGCCCCGGUCCCAGCCCGGGUUCCUGUUCCCGUCUCUGGAACUAUGUCCGAGGGGGUGGAUCUGAUUGAUAUCUACGCCGACGAGGAGUUCAACCAGGACUCUGAGUUCAGUAAUGCUGAUCAGAUGGACCUGUACGACGACGUGUUAGCAGCCAGCUCGCAGCCCCCUGAAAGCCGUACCAGCAGCUCAGAGGCACCCCCAGAGAUCCGCCAGGAACCGUCUCCCAAGCCCAACAGCAAAUCUCCUGCCAUCCUGUACACGUACAGCGGGCUGCGCAACAAGAGGGCUGCCGUCUACGUGGGCAGCUUCUCCUGGUGGACAACUGACCAGCAGCUGAUCCAGACCAUCCGCUCGGUUGGUGUCUACGACGUAGUGGAGCUGAAAUUCGCAGAGAACCGAGCCAAUGGCCAGUCAAAAGGGUACGCAGAGGUGGUGGUCGCCUCUGAGAACUCGGUCCACAAACUGCUGGAGCUCCUGCCUGGCAAAAUCCUCAAUGGGGAUAAGGUGGAGGUGAGGCUGGCAACCCGGCAGAACCUGUCACAGUUCGAGGCGCAGGCUCGCAAACGUGUGCCGCCGAGAGCCCACUCCCGGGACUCCGUGGACUCGGUAGACGGCCGCGCCACGCCGACGGAGAAUGCCUUGCCACCUGCCCGCGUGGAGAAACCCCCCUCCGUCCUGCCUUUCUUCAACCGCCCCCCUGCUGCCCUGCCCCUCAUGGGGCUGCCCCCACCACCAAUGCCGCCCCCGCCACCCCUUUCCUCCGGCUUCGGCGUCCCCCCACCCCCGCCUGGCAUCCACUACCAGCAUCUCAUGCCCCCGCCGCCUCGACUGCCCCCGCACCUGGCUGUGCCACCCCCGGGGGCUGUGCCCCCUGCCCUGCACCUCAACCCCGCCUUCUUCCCCCCACCCAACGCGGCCCUGGGUCCUCCACCGGACACCUACGGCAAGGCCAUGGCCCCCUACAACCACAGCAGCCGGGAGCUCGGGCCGCCGCCUCCCCCUGUGAGCGAAGUGGAGUUUGAGGAGAUCAUGAACAGGAACCGGGCGAUCUCCAGCAGCGCCAUUUCGAAGGCAGUGUCUGGCGCCAGCGCAGGCGAUUACAGCGACGCCAUCGAGACCCUCCUCACGGCCAUCGCCGUCAUCAAGCAGUCCCGCGUCGCAAACGACGAGCGAUGCCGCGUCCUCCUCUCCUCCCUCAAAGACUGUCUGCACGGCAUCGAAGCCAAGUCCUACAGCACGGGCGCCAGCAGCAGCUCCUCCAGGAAAAGACACCGAUCUCGGGAGCGUUCUCCCAGCCGGUCCCGCGAAAGCAGCCGGCGACACCGGGACCUGCUCCACAGCGAGGAUCGGCACGAGGACUAUUUCCAGGAGCGGAACCGGGAGCACGAGCGACAUCGGGACAGGGACAGAGAGAGGGACCGGCACCACUGAGAUAGGAAUUUGGCAGUAAGUGGUUUUUAAUGGACUCGUAUCUCCUCACCUCGACCAGGACUGCGUGAUCGAGGCCGCUCCGCCACCCCCAGCCCCUUCCCUGCCACCCCCAGCUCUCUCCGGGCACCCAAGGAAAGCUGUGCCGUGCCCCGGCGGGACUCCCACCGACACCUCGUGGCCUUGGGGCCUGAGCUCUUGCCCGCGCUCGCCGCUUCCCGGGGAGGGGCAGGGAGCCGGGGAACGCCUGCACCCGGGCCACCCUGCUCCGUUCCGUGGACACUCGGACCCAAAGAGAAAUGGUGCUUUUUUUUUCCAUGGAGGGAGGUUUGUGAGCCCUUUCCUCUCCGGGGGUGGCUGGAGGGGAUGGAUUGCUCCCCAUGUCAUGAGGCGCUGGGGCUUGGAGGCGUGUGGCUCCUGACCCUGUGCCUGGGUUCGCCGGAAGCGGUAUGGGGUCUGCUGCCAUGUACCAUGCCCUCACCUCAUCUGGGGACACUCCUGUCCCCGUCAUCCCAGCGUGGGGCUCCUCCGUUCCCCACUCUGACAGAGCAUGGCCGAUCCUCUCCACAGGCCUGCUUGCCCCCCUUCACCCUCUCUGCUCUGCCUGGGGACUUGGGGGGCCGGAGCUGGGCCAGGGGUCACCCCCUCCCUCUGCCCCGACUUUCCUCGCCGCAGCGGCAUCGCCACCUCUGCGCUCGUCUCCCAGACAGCAGCUCUGGCUGCCGAGCGCCGGCGGGGACCUGCACGGAGCCGGCUUUUCCCGCGGCGCCUUCCUUGUUUUAGAGGAAGCGGAAGAGGCAGAGCGUGGCAGGGCAGGCUGCGACCCCCCCCGUCUGGCUGCCCUCGGGGACCACCUGUCCCCCACAGGUGCCGGCGGCUUCCCCUUUCCUGUCCCUGCGUCCCCCGGCUGCCCUUCCCUAACAGGCGGCGCAGUGGUUCGCGUGUGGUAGCAGCUCGGCUGUGUCACACGGGUCAGAACAGGGGUGACAGGGAGCACCUCCGGGCUGUGGGGACCUGCACGGAUCCCUCCAGCAGGAGAGGGAGAGCCCAGGAGGGUCAGGGUGAGCUGAGGAGACACACAGGGUGACUUCCAGGGCGGGUGCCAGCCCAGCUGGGCAGUGUUGCCCUCUGAACUGUUGCUGGUCAGGAGAAACCUGGCUCUGGAGGUCUUUUUAGGGUGAAAUCACAGAAACAAAAAAAAAAAAACAACCCAUCUUGUAAAGUACCAUGAGGUGCCGGCUUAGCGGGUGAAUGCCGGGGGGAGCGCUCGGUGGGAGAGUUCUGUUUUUUACUUAACGACACAAAUUUUUAGUUUUCUUUCCAAAUAGUGGGGAAAAGUGCAGAGCAAAACCCCUAUUAACCACCCAGCGAGGCGCUGCCCCUCCUGCUCCCAGUGACUAGAUUUGUUUGUCUUUCUGAUAGGUUGGAAAUUGUGUAAUAAACUUGAUGACAUUGUCAAUCUUUUA